AUGCCUCCAAGUCUUGCCAAUCAUUUGUAUGAAAAUGGCGCAUUUAUGGUUUUCCUCAAUGUACCUCAAACAACAGAAUUCGGUAUUGAUUACAAGUCGUGGCAUGUGGGGCCGAAAUUUCUUGGUUUAAAAAUGAUCCCUCCGGGCGUUCAUUUCAUUUUCUUCAGCGUCAAAACGGCACCACGUAUUGGUUUUUUCUACCAUUUCAAAGAAAAGGAAAUUUUGCUACGUAAAUGGGAUCCGAUACGUGAAGAUAUGAUAAUUGAGCCAUGUUCAGCAGAUGAGAUAGGGAGAAUACGUUCGAACUUGAAAUCAAUGGAUGAUGGUUUAGCACCGUAUCCUUUUGAAGCAUAUCGAAGUUGGUUUUCCUCAGCAAUCAUAUUACAGAAAAAACGGUCGAGAGAUUACGACCAGAGAAUCAAUAUAGUCGUAUAA